AUGGGCUGCGCGGCGCUGCUGGGGGCGCUGGCGCUCCUGCUCCCGCUGCACCUGGGUGAAGGGGCACUGUCUGAAGAGCCGGUGAGCAUGGCUGGCCGGAAGUGCAACACCAUCUACAAGGGCUUUGCCGAGUGCCUCAUCAGCCUUGGGGACAGCAUGGCUCAAAGCGUCCAGCAGCCACAGGACGACGACAGCAUCCAGGAGCAGCAGGAGCUGGACACUAUCUGCAGGUCGUGGGAUGAUUUCCAUGCUUGUGCCACCAAGGUCCUAUCCAGCUGUCCUGAGGAGGCAGCCAACAUCUGGGAAUCACUUCGGCAAGAGUCCAGGAAGAUACAGUUCCAAGGAAACCUGCAUGACCUCUGUAGCUCCCGUGCCCAGUCCGCAGGCAAUGGGAGGGCAUCCAACAUGGAUGAAACCAACAAGGAGACCUUGCGGGGCACAGCCUGGCUUCUCCAGCCCCACCUUCUGGGCAGCCUGACUGUUGUAGCUCUCAUGGUUGUGAUGCCCUUUGUCUAA